ACCAGAAAAAAAAAUGAGAGAGAACCAAACACCGCUCAAGGACCAAUCCCGACCUGCAAAGCUCGUGACUCCCGUUCCCAAGAAGAAGAUUCCGAAGAAGAGCUUGAACACCGUCUUUUCCGCAGUUUCCGAAGACGAACCGGUGGAGAAUUUCAAGCUUUCAGUGGAUUACACUCCUGUUUCUGCGAAUUCCAAUGUUUCAGUGGAUUUCACUCCGAGUUCUGUGAUUUCUGAUGUGGAUUUCACCGAGAGUCUGAUGCUGAUGCCGGAUCCACCUUUUUCGGCUUCAUCAGAGACAUUGUUUCAGUGUGAUCUCUCACUGUCUCCGGAGGCUAGUGUUAAUAAGGAUGGACCGGGCAAUGUCUCUCUGAGUACUGGUAAAUCGUGCGAAUUUGAUGGAUCGAACUUUGGUUCUGUGGAGGCUGACAUUGUAGCGAGAUUUCUCAGGCAAGCACGGACUCAGGUCUUGAAUUCUGAGCUGGAUACUAAAUCUAAGAAGAUUCUGGAUGCACUGGUUGAGAUUGUCAUAGAGGAGCUCCACACUUCGCCUGCAGAGAGGGACCGGGUUGCUGAACUUGUGUCGGCAAAAGCUUACAUAACGAUGGCGUGUUUCCUGUUCUGGAUCAUUGCAUUGGCGGUAUGGGUGUUCAGCUCUGGAGGCCGAAGCACUUUCCAUGGACCUCUGCCUACUUGAUCAACUUGAGCAGUAAGACCUUUGUCUUGUUCUUGGUAUUAUGCUCAUGGUUGUGGAAUUGCACAGUUCACAAUGGAUGGUUUUAUCAAUUAUCUGAAAGAUUGGUUUUGUGUACAUAUCUAUGCUCGUGGUGUUUGCUUGUGACUAGUGAGAAUUUGAUUGAAACUGGCUUUAGUAUGUGGAUUAUUUUUGUGUACACAAUUAUGCUCAUGGCUUUAGUAUGGAUAGUUAUUCACUCCAAUCCGAUCCUAGUCACCAAACGAGCCCCAAAUGUAACUUCAAUCAAAUCUUUGUAAUUUUGUGUUAUGUGACUUUCA